AUGUCUUCAUACUUGGUGACAGGAGCCGGACGAGGCCUCGGCCUCGAGUUCGUCCGACAACUCAGCCAGCAGCCCGCAGAGAAGGUCUCUAUCGUCUUUGCCGCAAUCCGCGGCUCGCCCAGCAAAGCACUCCAAACGCUCGCAGAUGAAUCAAACGGUCGCGUCAUAGUUCUUCACAUGGCAGUGUCGAACAAGAGCAGCAUUACCACGGCAGUGGAGCAGGUAAAGGACAAACUUGCCGACCGGGGUCUGGACGUCCUCAUCAACAACGCGGGCAUCAUGCCCGCCACCCCGGAGGGCAUUGCCGCCAUGGACAACCUGCUGGAGGUAAUCCAAGUCAAUGUCGAAACUGUUCAAGACGUCACAUCUGCUUUCCUCCCAUUAAUAAAAAAAGGAAACCAGAAGAAAGUCUUAAACUUGGGUUCGAGUGUAGGCGCCAUUUCGAAUACUCGCAAGUUUGCCCAGGCAACGUAUCCUGCAUACAAGAUUUCUAAGGCUGCAUUAAACAGUCUAACUGCGCAGUAUGCUAUCCAGUAUGAGGAAGAGGGAUUUGCGUUCUUCGCGGUUUGUCCUGGUUGGGUUAAAACUGACAUGGGAAGCCAAUGGGCGCAACUUGAAGUUGACACCAGUAUCAAGGCAAUCCUUGAUAUUCUAGACAAGCAUGCAGUGGAAAUCAAUGGAAAGUUCCUGAAACUUCUCAUCCCGGGGAUGGAAAACGUUGAGGGUCUCCACCAGUAUGAUGGAGCUGAGAUCCCGUGGUAG